AUGGGCGAGCCCCUCCGCACCGUCGUGCGGGUCAAGCGUGCCGAGGCGGGAUACGAGGGGCGAGAUGCGGGCGCGGGGUCCCUCUUCAUCGCCGGCAACGCCCUCGAGCUCGCCCCUCCGGAUCGUGGCGACGGCGUGAGACACUCGUACGGCGCCAUCUACGACUCCUUUGCCUCCGACCAAGACCUGUGCGAGGUCGAAGUGAGGCCACUCGCCGCCUCACUGGCCACCGGCCUCAAUGCAGCGGUUCUGGUUGCGGGGCACUGCCGCUCGGGACGCGAGGCGCUCUUUGGCGCGAUCGCCGCACGAGCGGUUGAGGGCAUCUUCGAGGCGAUGCGGCAGCGACUGCAGGCUGGCGAUCAGGCUGGAGGACUCACCUUCACACUGACCGCACGGUACGCCUUCAUCCCUGCCGCCUCCACAGUCACCACCGCCACGGGUCUGCCCAAGUCACAGUGGCUGCAGACCCUGCGGCCGCAGGAGGAGUCACUCUGCGCGGGGCGUCCUCCCCCGCCGUCCUCCGCCUUGCAGCUUGAGCUGAGGCAAGAGCACAAGGGCCGCUCCGCCGCACCGGAUCGCCGGAGGUCGUCGUCGGAAGAGGCUAGCGGUGGCGGUGGCGGCGGCGGUGACGCUGACCUGGUCUCCUCGCUGCUGCUCGCAGACGUCGAGACAAACGCACUCGGAGACGGGCUGGCCAGCGGGCUUCGCCAGCUUCUCAGCGGCCCCGGCUCUGCGCACGCUGCGCACAGCGGGCCAGCAUUGCUGCUUCGCGACGCCGUCGGCGGGAACUGCAAGACGGUGUUGCUCGGGACGGUGGCGCCGGAGGACUUUGCCGAGUCUUGCGCGACGUUGCAGCUGGUCGCACAAGGGGCGGGCUUUGUCAACUUCCCCCUCGUCAACGACGCGCACCACCGGUGGGUGAGCCUGCAGCUACAGGAACAACUCUCCGCUGCGGAGGGCCGGCUGCAGCACGGGGUCGAUUUGCUCGAGGAGGACCGCAGGGCGCUGCCCAACCAGCUGCACGGGGCGGCAGCGCGGCUGCAGGCGCUGGUCGACCAGAUGCAGCAGGAUGCGAAAGGGGCUGCGGGCGAGAAGCAAAAGCUGAUGGCGGAGGUACUUGAGCUGCGCACCCAGUAUAAUGGCGCGACGGGCGAAGUGGUCGCCCUCAAGGAGGAGGUGGUGGCCACCAAGCAGGAGAAGCUCGCCCUCUCAAAGGAGCUCGUGGCGACGCAGCUCUCCGCCAACGAGGAGUCAGCCGCGCAGGCCGAGCAGAUCUUUAGCCUCGAGCAGGAGGCAAUUGCAUCGGCAGACCUUCUAGCGCAGCUGCAGGAGCGCGCCGCGAGCCUCGAGGCCGACCGUGACGGGAAGGCCAACGCGCUCGCCGAGCUGGAGACGACAGCAGAGACGGCACGGCUCGAGGCGGUGAGCUCGCAGGCGCAGGCGAGCAGUGCUCGCGCCGAGGCGCUCGAGGCGCGCGAGCGGGAAGACGAUCUAGCGCUACAGCUGCUCAACAUGAGCAACGCCUCCGCGACCGCCGAGUCUCGCCUCGCGGACGCUGCCGCACAGCUGGAGGCGGCGGAGCGAGAGGCCACAGCGCAGCGCUCGCGCGCUCAGGACGCCAUCUCCGAGGCCGAGGCGGCGCGGGGGGAGGCGCUCAAGCUGGCAGAAGAGGUGUCAAGCCUCAAUGUGGUGAUGGAACGGCAGGCUCUCUCUCUGCAGCAAGACCGGCUGGCGCUGCAGCGGACGGCGGUCGAGGCGGCAGAGGCGCAGCUCGAACGGUCGCAGCAGGCCGAGGCGCGUGCUGAUAGGGAGAGCCACGCGCUGGGCGAGGAGAGGGCAGCACGCGAGGCAGCGGUGGCCGAGUACGAGGCGGAGAUGGGCGAGGCGCGUGCGCGCGAAACGGCGCUGCGGAGGGCGCUCGCCGAUCAGGCGGCGCAGCUGGUUGCAGCAACCCGCCAUCUCGAGCUCUUGGGGGGUGAGGUGCCGGAGACCGAGCAACCGGCGGCAGCUGCAGUCGGGGGAAGGGCAGUAGCAGCGGCAGCCCUAGAGGCCGCCGAGGCGGAGGCGGAGGCGACGGUGAAAAGAGUGCGGAGCCUCAAGCCGAAGGAGGUGAAGGAGGCCCUCGCCGCUCGCGGGAUGAGCAGCAAGGGCAAGAAGGACGAGCUCCUCGAGCAGCUGGCCGCAGCAGUGCAAGUGAACCGCGCGCUCAUUGACGCGUACUGGCGGAUGCGUGCGCUGGCGGAGCCGGCCGCGCUGCCUUCGCACGCGGAGCUGCUUGGUGAGGCACUCGUCGAGCCACGGAGCGGCCGGCGCGCUGUCCCGUCGGAGCUAGAGAAGCUGCUGCAGCGCGAGGCGGAGCAGCUGAGCACGCAGCUCGCAAAGGCAAAGUCCGAACUCAAUACCGAGCGAGACAAGGGCCGCACCGCGCUAGAAGGCUCGCGCGCGAAGCUAGAGCGGCAGCGGACCGAGGAGAGAGGUCUGGCCGAGCAGGCCAAGGAGGCGACGCGCGGCCUAGAGGAGAGGGAGGCCGAGCUGAGCGCCGCAAUCGAGCGGGCCGAGCAGGCGGAGAGGCGUGCGCAGGAGGCGGAGGCUCAGCUGGAUGGGGCCUCGGGGGACGCGGAGGCGACCCAGCGUGCGCUGCUCCACAAGCUGAGCCGCGAGGCGGAGGACGAGCAGGUGUCGGUGGCAGAGCUGCAGAGGCAGGUUGCCGCGCUUAGCGCAGAGCGGGCGGAGCUGCAGCGGCAGCUCGACGAGGCGAAGACGACAGCGGAGCCCCCCUUCCCGACCGAAGACGGGCAGGCGGCCCGCACGAUCGCGGCGCGCAACGGCGAGCUGCGAGAGCUCCGCUGGAAGGCUCGCGAGCUGGUCGAGUCGCAGGCCUCCUUAGAGCGCGAGCGCUCGGAGCUCAAGCGACGGGCGAUGGCGGCGGAGGAGCAGCUCGCCGAAAUGCAGCGCUUCCUGCCGCAACACAUCGGAAAGUACCAAAAAGAGAUUGUGCGUCUGCGCGAGUCGCUCAAGGCAAGAGGCUGA